UCGGGAUUGGAUUGAUCGAUUGCAAUGCCAAUCAAUUGGGCCGAGCUCCGCCGCAUCUCCGUCGUUGUGCAACGGGACUUGGAUGCAAAUGGGCUAGACGAACAUGAGGACUACGAGAGCGUCUUGGCCAUGUGGGAAGCCGAGUUGGCCGACGCGAAGGGGUCCGACACAACUGCUGCUCCGGCCGGAUGGUAUACCAGCGGUGCCAAGUACUGGGAGGACGAAAGCAAUUGCCCACCCACCGACGAUGGUGUGUUGGGAGGUUAUGGACGCAUUUCACCUGCCGACGUGGAAGGCUCGGCUUCGUUUUUGGAUCGGAUUCAAACCCUUCGACCUACCAUGAAGCGCAAUUUGGCCAUCGACUGUGGUUGCGGCGUCGGGCGUGUGGUGAAGCACUUGCUGCUGCCGCGUUAUGACUCGGUGGAUUGUUUGGAACAAAGCCAGCGUCUCCUAAACACUGUGCCCAGCUACAUUGGACGUUCCAGUGACACGUCGCGCAUCCGCAAUUUGUACUGCAUGGGCAUGCAGGACUUUCAGCCCGAACCGCACGCGUACGACCUCAUUUGGUGCCAGUGGGUGCUGGGUCACUUGACCGAUAGCGACUUUGUGGCAUUUCUAAAGCGCUGCCAAAAGGCGCUUGCCCCCGAUGGAGUGAUUUGCAUCAAGGAGAACGCAAUCAACGAAGGGGUGCCGUACUACGUAGACAAAGACGAUAGCAGUUUGGGCAGGUCGUCGGUAUACUACAAGAGCAUCUUUCGCCAAGCGGGACUGACGCUCUUGGCGGAAACCGAGCAGUCUGAUUUCCCCGACGAGCUGUAUCCUGUAAUUACGUACGCCUUGUAUUAACGUUACAUAGCGCUACGUCUUUUCUCUUUAACCCUACCACUUCUGAAGCUUAUAAUCGCGUUUGAC